GCAGUGCCAGUAGUAAUGGAAAAAGCGUUUUAUUACUCAUUGAUUUCAAAACAUUCUCAUAGCUAAGAUAUUCAUCUUUCGUUGCACGAAUUGCACUCAAAUUUUCAGUGUCAACCUUAUAGAAAUUAUUCAUCUUUAAACAUCACUUGUUACAAUUUUUUCCCUCUCCCUCUAACUCUGCUUCGUCUUUCACUCUGGUAUUUUCUCGAACACCUCGUAUGCAACAGAGAUUAAAACAGAUAGCUUAUGCCAAGUAAAGUUUUUCCGAGAGGAAGAUGGGGAGAAAACCAUUCCUAACGAGAAGAGAUUCCGUCGUCACAUGGUGGGAAGAAGAGAACCAUUACAGCAACAUUAUUAUGAAAAAUCAUCCUCCUGAUCCUCAAGAUUCCAAAGUCUCCGCCGGCGAUAAUGGCUGCCGCAUCUAAAAGAGAUGACGGCGGUGGAUGACUAGGGUUGGAAAAGAUACAAUUCAGAGUGGUCAUAAUAUGAUCGCGAGAAUAAUGUUGAUCCAAUGGUUAAAAAUAUUGGCCAAAGAACAAGGAAGAAGCCACACUAAACUAAUGGACUACCUUUUUGGAUUUGCAUCAUCCCUUUCAAGAGAUUUGGCGUGCGGUUUAAUAGGUGAAUUAAGUUAUCCCUGCUGCUUCAACAAUUUUGUUCAAGAUGUUUCAAAAGAAGAAGGUAACUUGGCUGUAACAAGAGAUAGUGUCCAAGAACGUGUUACACGAGCCAAGAAGCAAACUAGAAAGACCGCUGAGAUUGUUGAGAAGUGGCUGAAGGAUGCUAACGUUGUCAUAGGCAAUGUUGAUCAAUUACUACAAAUGGCAAAAAUGGAAAAGAAGUCUUGUCUUGGGUACUGUCCAAAUUGGAUUUGGCGAUACCGUGUAGGCAGGAAGUUAUCAAAGAAAAAAAAGGAGCUUAAAUUGUGCAUUGAAGAAGGGAGACAAUAUAUACAGAUUGAAUGGCCUGUUUCACUUUCAGGAGGCUUUUUUUCUUCGGAAAAAUGCUGGGAGUUUGAUAGUAGAAAACCUGCUUAUGAGGAACUUACGUGUGCUUUUGAAGAUGAUGAAGUUACUAUGAUUGGAUUAUAUGGGAUGGGGGGUUGUGGCAAAACAAUGCUUGCAAUGGAAGUAGGCAAGAGAUGUGGUCAUCUUUUUGAUCAAGUGCUUUUUGUGCCUGUGUCUAGUACUGUGGAAGUGGAAAGGAUCCAAGAAAAAAUUGCAGGCUCUCUUGAAUUUGAAUUGCAAGAAAAAGACGAAAUGGACAGAUCACAACGCUUAUGCAUGAGGUUAACACAGGAAGAUAGGGUGCUUGUGAUUCUAGAUGAUGUGUGGCAAAUGUUAGAUUUUGAUGCCAUUGGGAUUCCUUCUAGUGAACAUCAUAAAGGUUGCAAGGUUCUCAUUACCAGUAGAUCUGAAGCAGUUUGUACUUUGAUGGAUUGCCAGAAAAAAAUUCCCCUAUCAACACUAACCAACGAUGAAACGUGGGAUCUUUUCCAAAAGCAAUCGCUCAUAACUGAAGGAACUUGGAAUACUCUAAAGAAUUUGGCUAAAGAAAUUUCAAAUGAAUGUAAAGGUUUGCCUGUUGCCACAGUAGCCGUGGCUAGCAGCUUGAAAGGCAAGGCUGAGGUGGAAUGGAAGGUCACAUUGGAUAGAUUGAGAAGUUCGAAGCCUGUUAAUAUUGAAAAAGGUUUGCAAAACCCGUACAAGUGCUUGCAGUUAAGCUAUGAUAAUUUGGACACUGAAGAGGCCAAGUCACUUUUCUUGUUGUGUUCUGUGUUUCCUGAAGAUUGUGAAAUUCCUGUGGAGUUUUUAACUAGGUCUGCAAUAGGGCUAGGCAUAGUUGGAGAAGUUCUGUAAUACCCCGUAUUAAAUUAAAUGCUCUAAUGUUAUUAGCUGACACCGAGGUUUUAUUAAUUGGAACAUUAGAGAUACUUUUGGACACUUAAGUUAUAAGUGCUAACUUAAGGUUAUGUUGCUUAUAUUCUUUUCCUUUCUUUUCCCUUCCUCACAAUUGCAACAACACAAGAAUAUAGAGAGAUAAAGUAGAGAGAAGGAAGAGAAGAGGAAGAAAAGAGCUUGUGAAGAGGAAAGCAUGGAUCUUCAUCAUUUCUCCGCCGAAUCGACUCAUCUUCGACAUCAACGACUCAUAAUCGAGGUGGGUUCUAGUUAGAAACUUAUAGCUUUUGAUUAUGGAUGGAAAUCAUAAGUUAUGCAUUUUGGGGUUUUCUAUAGAAAACCUAGGUUUUGAAUCAAAUCAUGAAUGUUCAUGAUUUAGUGUUGUAUAUUCCAAGUGUACCAUGUAUAAGUUGUUCUAUGCUUUAGUAUGAUUCUGGAACAGGUUUAAGUAUGGAGAUGGUUGGAUUAAACCAUGGGAAAGCAAGAAACAGAUCUGGAAUUUCUGAUUUUCGCGCGCUUCGCGGCGCGAACGGGGCUACGCGGCGCGAGCUAUGCAGGUUUUUAGGGGUCUUGGUUCUGUCAUCAGUACGCGGCGCGUACAAGGGUUCGCGACGCGAACACUAUGAGAAUGUUGUGAGGUUUGCCACUGCCUGAGGUUCGCGGCGCGACCUAGCUGUUGCGCGGCGCGAACUGAAGGUUACUUAGCCAAUUCUUUAGUUUCAUGAGAUAAAACUGUUUCGAUCGUAACUUUUGAACCAUAAUUCUGUUUUAAUCACCGUUCGAAGUGAUAGGAAGCUAGAAGCGUGUACUUUCUAGUAGUAUAGGUUUUGGGAACAAAGGGAGAAUUAUUUAAUCGAGAAUCGGGAAUUUGCUUGAGUACUUGGGUUGGUUUUUGUUCGAAUUCUUGAGAACGUUAUGCUUUUAGUAUGAUGCUUGUGUACUCUAUAAUUGUUACUGAGUUCUAUUGCAGGUGGAUUAGUAUACCUUGUUAUAAAUGUUUAUAUCAAGAGGGUUGAAUAACUUCAUUGUUAUGUGAAUAAAGGAUAAAUGAGGAAAACUAGGAAUUGUUAGGUUUUGUAGCUUAACAAAGAAAACCUAGGAUGAGACAUUAUAUGGACAUACGUGUUGGAAUCUUAUGAGGAAAGGCUAACAGGCCUAGUGAUUUGCGUGAGCGGUCACCAAAGUAUGAAAGGCUAACAGGCCUAGUGGUUUGCGGAAGCGAUCACCAUUGUUGAUGUAUUAAUCGGAACCGUAGUAUUUUCUUUAUUCUUUAUUUUUUCCUUUGAAUGCUAACAGGCAUUCACCGUGCAGAGAGGCACAUAAUCUUGGCAGGUUUGAUUCCCGCUUUUGUGUACGAAUGGAACCUACGGGUAGAGACUUGUGAUGGUGUACGGGCCAUGUGAAGUGACGAUUCAUGGGGAAAGGCUCAUGAGUCCGAAUCCAUUUCGUAUGUCAAGAUUUUUCCAAAGGAUUCAUGACUCGUGCCACCUCCUAGACGUAGAAGGGGACGGGAAUAUGGGGAUGCCUUGGUAUUGGUUUCCGAUUAAUAAUCUUGUGUUGAGUUGUUGAACUCUAAGUAUGAUUCCAUAUAAUGUUAGUAUGAGAGCUCAAGGUCUAGUUCCUUUUAUGACUUGAGACUUAUAGGUUAGAACCUUGUAAAGCCGAGAGGAUCCAUAGGAUAGGGAACUCACUGAGAUUUUAUAUCUCACCCCAUUAUAUAUUGAUUUCAGGUACUACAGGUUCCGCGAAGGGUAAGGAGAAAGCAAUUAAUCCCUUAUUCCUUAUGUUCUUUUGGUAUGGCGAAGCUCCCGUUGUGGAGUCCUUUUGAGAUCAUUGUUUGAUCUAGUUCUUAGUAUUUUAUUUUGAACAUCUUGUAUGUAUUAUGCCAUUGUGUAGAAUUUUUGUAUUAGGGCAUUAAUAUGUAUAAUGUGUUGACUAGGAACUUAUUGGUAUUUCAGUACCAAAUACUUGGAUUCAUGUAUAUUUAUAUGAUUUGAUGCAUGUAAUUAUAUAUGGGUGUUACAGUUGGUAUCAGAGCAGGUCGUAUCCUCGACCUAGCCAUGAGAUAUUAUAAGUGUUUCUUCCUGUCCAAGAUGUGUUGGGUUCCCAUGAUUUUGUUGUGUUAUGACUAUGGUAUUAAGCCUGAUCAACUUAAUCCCAUUUUCAUGACCUCCAGGAACAUGGUGGACGGACGCAGGACUCGUGGUAGACCCCCACACUCAACCCCCACAAGUGAAUCAACCGUAUGGCGGCGAGAAUUUCCGUGGCCCCAGUUGAUGCAUCAGCAGAAGAAUCAGUUCAUGCUGCAGAAGAUGCAACAGAUGAAUGGCGGUCAUAUGUUCCAGUGGUUGUACCCGAAGCUGCAGGUGCGACUUAUAAGGAUUUCAUUCGCAUGAAUCCUCCGGAAUUUCAUGGCGGAUUAGAUCCUAUUAAGGCACACGAGUGGGUGGCCAAUGUGGAAGGAAUCUUGGAAAUCGUGCAUUGUAAUGAAGAGGGCAAGGUGGUGUUGCUUCUCAUUCUCUAAAAGGUCCAGCGAUGAGAUGGUGGAAGAGUGCUUCUGCGUUGAUGACUAUUCAAGAAGUACCUAAGGAGUGGGUUAAUUUCAAGACCACUUUUAUGGAGAAAUAUUUUCCUGGUUCCCCGAGGACUAAAAGGAAUUGGAGUUCCAAUAGUUAAGGCAGGAGAAUAUGUCGGUAGCUACUUGUGCAGAGAAGUUUGGAAUUCUGGCUGCUUAUUCUAGGGAGGCCGGGUAUGCUCUUGAUGAGAGUUGGAAGGUGGGCCAGUUUUUGUUUGGUUUAAGGGCUGAAAUUUCGCAUAGUGUGUCCUAGAGGGAGUUCACUACCUAUACGGAGUUGUUGUGACAAUGUUAUGUGGCUGAGACCAGUUUGAAGAAAGUUCAAGCUGAGGAAGAUUUAAAGAAGAAUCAGAAUGAGAGAGGAAGGCCAAGCCAACAGUUUCGGCCUAGGUCACAAGUUUUCUAGGGGAAACAAGUGUAAGGUUCUCGGUCUAGUGCACCUCCGGUGUGUCGUGGUUGUGGUAAGAAUCACCUUGGAAGGUGUAACCUUAGAAAGGGCGAAAUGUUUUUAUAAUUGACAAGAAAGGCAUGUGGUGCGGAAUUGUCCUCAGAAUAGGAAUCAAAUGCAAGGAAGAGGUACUGGUCGAGUGCAUACCUGGAUGAGGUGGUCGAGACACCGUGGUGUGUGAGAAUUGUGUUUUAUCUGUGGAUGGUAGAAUUUCCAGAUUGAUCUUAUUUGUUUACCACUUAAGAAAGUAGAUGUUGUGUUGGGAAUGGAUUGGCUUUCUGCUAAUUCGGUAUUCAUUGGGUGUGGAGAGAAACUAAUCAUUAUUCCAUCUAGAGAAGUUACUCCGGAAGAUGUUUUAAUUACUAUACUGGAAGGUACGGUAGGCAUGAUUAAAUUCUUGUUUGAGAAAGAGGAGUUUGUUCUGUUGGUGCUUACUAAGGAGACGGGUGACAAUUCGAGAUUUCACAAUUGCUGUUAGUGGUUUCCCUGAUGUUUUUCCCGAGGAUGUCAGUUCUCUUCCUUCCAGAAAGGGAAGUGGAAUUCUCUAUUGACCUGACACCGAGAACGACUCCUAUAUCCGUUUCUUUGUAUCGGAUGGCACCACUUGGAUUGAGAGAAUUGGAGGAGCUGAUGGAUAAACACUUCGUGCGACCUAGUGUCUCACCGUGGGGAGCUCCGGUGUUGUUAGUAAAGUAGAAGGACGGUGGG